UCGACGCGUUCGGUUGCGGAGCGCGGUUUCUUUGUUUGUUUUCGGCCGCCAACCGCUCGAAAUAUUCGAAAACUCGUAAAAAUCAACUAAACUAAAGUGUGCUAAACUGUGCAAACAACCAGAAUGCAAAAAUGUGUGCAUAAAAGUGACAAAUAACGAAAUGAAAAACCAAGUUCGCGAGCGGCGUUCCUUGUUUCCGUGUGUUUUGGUUUUUAACUCCCGCAAGCUGCUUAACCAAACGUAGCGGUGUUUCAAAGUAACCCAGUAACAGUGUUUGAAAGCAACCUUAUUAUAAAUUUUUAUUCGGAUUAAAAGUCAAGCAAUUAUCAGUGCUAAAUAAAAAUAAACAAAAAAAAUAUCGGAAUAAAAUUGGAUUAUCGCCGAGGGGAAAGGAACUAAAAGACUUGCCACAAGAUGUUGACUUGGCCUUUUUGUGGCUACUUCCACCUGCCUGAGCAGCAGCGAUAUUGCUUCACGUAGACUUGGGCACUUCCGGUUACUUCCAAAAAGAAAACCAUCAGCACAAGCAACACUGCCAGAUAUCAGAUAUAUAUCAGAUAUAGAUAAGAGAUCGAUAUAUAUAUAAACAUAUAUAUAUAUAUAUUCGCCGCCGACGUCGACGCCUUGUUCUUCGCGAUUUCGUCGCCGUCAGCGUUCGCCGCCGACUGAGACGAAAGCUGCGAAGCAACGAGCGCCAGCGAAAGCCUCACCACGGACGCAUUUAUGGAUGCGGGCGGCCUGCCAGUCUUCCAGAGCGCCAGCCAAGCAGCCGUCGCCCAGCAGCAGCAGCAGCAGCAACAGCAACAACACCUGAAUCUCCAGUUGCACCAGCAGCACCUGGGACUACACCUGCAACAGCAACAGCAGCUGCAAUUGCAACAACAGCAGCAGCAGCAGCAGCAGCAACAGCACAAUGUCCAGGCGCAGCAGCAGCAGCAAAUCCAAGUGCAGCAGCAACAGCAACAGCAGCAGCAGCAGCAGCAACACUCGCCCUACAAUGCCAAUCUGGGAGGAGGAAACGGCAUUGCUGGAAUCCCUGGCGGCAACGGAACUGGCGGCCCUACAAAUCCUGGAGCGUUACCCUCGGCCACCGGCGAGUCCGGUGGAAUGCCAGCCAAGAGGCAACCCAUCGUUGACAGGCUGCGACGCCGCAUGGAAAACUACCGGCGGCGUCAGACGGACUGUGUGCCGCGUUAUGAGCAGGCAUUUAGCACCGUUUGUGAGCAACAGAAUCAGGAGACAACCGCCCUGCAGAAGCGAUUCCUUGAGAGCAAGAACAAGCGGGCGGCCAAGAAGACAGACAAGAAGUUGCCGGAUCCAAAUCAGCAGCAGCAGCAGCAGCAACAACAUCAGCAACACCAGCAGCAGCAGCAGCAACAUCAGCAGCAGCAACACCAGCAGCACUUACAGCAGCACCAGACCAUGUUAGCCGGACAGCUGCAGAGCAGUGUUCAUGUGCAACAAAAAUUCCUGAAACGACCUGCGGAGGAUGUUGACAAUGGCGCUGACAACUUUGAGCCGCCGCACAAAUUGCCCAAUAAUAACAACAACAAUAACAACAACAAUAGCAGCAAUAGCAACCAAAAUAACAACAAUGGCAAUCCGAAUGCCAACAACAACAACAAUGGCAACAACAAUACCGGCGGCAACAACAACACGAACAAUGCGAAUAGCAACAACAACAACAAUGGCAAUGGCAAUGGCAAUACUAACACCAACAACAACAACAACAACGGCUCGGAAAAUCUAAGCAAAUUCUCAGUGGAAAUUGUGCAACAUUUGGAGUUCACCACAUCAGCGGCAAAUUCACAGCCGCAACAGAUCAGCACGAAUGUCACAGUGAAGGCGCUGACCAACACCUCGGUGAAGAGCGAACCAGGAGUUGGAGUUGGAGUUGGAGUUGGAGGAGGCGGAGGUGGUGGUGGCAACGGGAACGGUAACAACGGAGGAGGAGGCGGCGGAGGAGGAGGAGGCGGCGGCGGCGGCGGAGGGGGAGGAGCCAAUAAUAACGGUGGGGGUGGUGGCAACGGCAACAACGGAGGUGAUCAUCACCAGCAGCAGCAGCAGCAGCAAGGCGGCGGACUGGGAGGCCUCGGCAAUAAUGGAAGGGGCGGCGGACCCGGUGGCAUGGCCACGGGUCCCGGCGUUGGUGGCAAUGUUGGCAACCUGGGAGUCGGCGGUAACCUAGGCAACCUGGGUCUGCCACCCAAUAUGAUGUCCGCCCAGCAAAAGUCCGCCCUCGGCAAUCUGGCCAAUUUGGUGGAAUGCAAACGAGAACCGGAUCAUGAUUUUCCGGAUCUCGGUUCCCUGGACAAGGAUGGCGGCGGUGGGCAGUUCCCUGGCUUUCCGGAUCUCCUCGGUGACGAUAACUCGGAGAACAACGACACCUUUAAGGAUCUCAUCAAUAACCUGCAGGACUUCAAUCCCAGUUUCCUCGAUGGCUUCGAUGAGAAGCCGCUGCUGGACAUCAAGACCGAGGAUGGCAUCAAGGUGGAGCCACCGAAUGCCCAGGAUCUGAUCAAUAGCCUGAAUGUGAAGUCGGAGGGUGGAUUGGGACAUGGCUUCGGUGGCUUUGGCCUGAAUCUCGGCGAUAAUACAGGAAUGAAGAUGCGUGGCGGCGGCAACCAAGGCGGCGGCGGUGGUGGCUUUCCCAAUGGUCCAAACAACGGCGGCGGUGGCGGAGGCAAUGUGGCUUCCAAUGUUGCCCCCAACUCUGCCGGCAACUCUGGUAAUCUCAUGUCCGAGCAUCCGCUGGCCGCUCAGACACUCAAGCAAAUGGCGGAACAGCAUCAGCACAAGAAUGCCAUGGGCGGAAUGGGUGGAUUCCCGCGUCCACCUCAUGGCAUGAAUCCCCAGCAGCAGCAGCAGCAGGCGCAACAGCAGGCGCAGCAGCAGCAGCAGCAUGGCCAGAUGAUGGGGCAAGGUCAGCCGAAUCGUUACAAUGACUACGGCGGCGGCUUUCCCAAUGAUUUUGGUCUGGGCCCCAACAACCCCCAGCAGCAGCAGCAGCAGCAACAGCAGCCGCAGCAGCAACAUUUGCCGCCUCAGUUCCAUCAGAAGGGUCCGGGUCCCGGAGCUGGAAUGAAUGUGCAGCAAAGUUUCCUGGACAUUAAACAGGAGCUAUUUUAUUCCUCUCAAAACGACUUCGAUCUCAAGCGUCUGCAGCAGCAGCAGGCCAUGCAGCAGCAGCAGCAACAUCACCAGCAGCAGCAGCAGCCCAAAAUGGGAGGUGUGCCCCAGUUCAACAAGCAGCAGCAGCAGCAGCAACAGGUGCCCCAGCAGCAGCAACUGCAACAGCAAUACUCGCCCUUCAGCAACCAAAACGCCAAUGCAGCGGCCAACUUCCUUCGCGGCCCGAAUGGCAAUCAGCAGCAGCAGCAGCCAGGCAACCUGCCGCAGCAGCAACAACCCGGCGGCGGACCACAGCAGCAGCAACAGCAACAGCAGCAGCAGCAACGCAAUGGCAAUGGGCAGCAAAACAAUCCGAACAACGGCCCUGGUGGCAAUGCCGGCAACACGCCGCAGCAGCAACAGCAGCAGCAGCAACAACAGGCAACAACCACCACGUUGCAGAUGAAGCAAACGCAGCAGCUACACAUUAGCCAGCAGGGAGGAGGAGCCCAUGGCAUUCAGGUGUCCGCUGGCCAGCAUCUUCACCUGAGUGGCGACAUGAAGAGCAAUGUUUCGGUGGCCGCCCAGCAAGGUGUCUUCUUUAGCCAGCAGCAGGCACAGCAGCAGCAGCAGCAGCAGCCCGGUGGCAACAAUGGACCCAAUCCCCAGCAGCAGCCGCAUGGCGGCAAUGCCGCUGGAGGCGUGAAUGUGGGUGUUGGAGGCGUGGGCGUGGGCGUAGGAGUGGGCAACGGUGGUCCCAAUCCCGGACAGCAGCAGCAGCAGCAACCAAAUCAAAACAUGAGCAAUGCAAAUGUUCCCUCCGAUGGCUUCUCGCUCUCCCAAAGCCAAAGCAUGAACUUCAACCAGCAGCAGCAGCAGCAGCAGCAACAGGCAGCUGCACAGCAGCAGCAGGUGCCUCCGAAUAUGCGCCAGCGUCAGACGCAGGCCCAGGCAGCGGCUGCAGCAGCGGCGGCAGCAGCAGCGCAGGCGCAGGCGGCGGCCAAUGCCAGCGGUCCCAAUGUACCGCUCAGCAUGCAGCAGCCGCAGGUUGGAGUCGGAGUAGGAGCUGGCCUGGGCCCCGGCCUGGGGGUCAAUGGCGGACCUGGCGGACCCGGUGGUCCCAACAACGGUGCAAUGAAUCAGAUGGGCGGACCCAUGGGCGGCAUGCCGGGCAUGCAGAUGGGUGGACCCAUGAACCCGAUGCAAAUGAAUCCGAAUGCCGGCGGACCCAGUGCCCAGCAGAUGAUGAUGGGCGGCGGCAAUGGUGUUGGCGGCGUCGGUGGCCCCGGUCCCGGACCAGGUCCUGGUGGACCCAAUCCCAACCAGGCCAAGUUCCUGCAGCAGCAGCAGAUGAUGCGCGCCCAGGCGAUGCAGCAGCAGCAGCAGCACAUGUCCGGUGCCCGUCCACCGCCGCCCGAGUACAAUGCCACCAAGGCGCAGCUGAUGCAGGCCCAGAUGAUGCAGCAGACAGUGGGCGGUGGCGGUGUGGGCGUGGGCGUUGGUGUCGGAGUCGGAGGCGUGGGAGGAGUAGGCGUGGGUGGCGCCAACGGUGGGCGCUUUCCCAACAGCGCUGCCCAGGCGGCGGCCAUGCGGCGCAUGACCCAGCAACCCAUCCCGCCUUCCGGACCCAUGAUGCGGCCCCAGCAUGCGAUGUACAUGCAGCAGCAGCAGCAGCACGGCGGAGCAGGCGGCGGUCCCCGAGGUGGCGGCAUGGGUGGACCCUAUGGCGGCGGAGCGGGACCCAUGGGCGGCGGUCCACAGCAGCAGCAGCAGCGUCCGCCAAAUGUCCAGGUAACACCCGACGGCAUGCCCAUGGGCUCGCAGCAGGAGUGGCGGCACAUGAUGAUGUCGCAGCAGCAGCAGAACCAGAUGGGCUUCGGCGGACCCGGCGGACCCAUGCGACAGGGUCCCGGUGGCUUCAAUGGGGGCAACUUUAUGCCCAAUGGCGCUCCCAAUGCAGCUGGCAAUGGACCCAAUGCCGGUGGCAUGAUGUCCGGCCCGCAAGUGCCACAGAUGCAGAUGACGCCGGCGCAAAUGCAGCAGCAACUGAUGCGCCAGCAGCAGCAGCAGCACAUGGGCGGACCUGGCGGCGGCAACAACCAGAUGCAGAUGCAGCAACUCCUGCAGCAGCAGCAGCAGCAGUCUGGAGGCAACAGCAUGAUGGCCAGCCAGAUGCAAAUGUCCAGCAUGCACAUGAGCCAGACCCAGCAGCAGCAGCAGAUCACCAUGCAGCAGCAGCAGUUUGUGCAGAGCACCACCACCACGACGCACCAGCAGCAGAUGCAGAUGCAGAUGGGCCCCGGUGGCGGCGGUGGAGCGGGCAAUGGCGGUGUGCCGGCAAGCAACAAUAAUGGUGGCGGCGGCGGGGCAGGUGGCUCGGCGGUUGUUGGUGGCGGCGGUGGCGGUGGCAACUCCACAACGACCAUUGCCAGUGCCAGCUCCAUAAGCCAAACGAUCAACUCGGUGGUGGCCAACUCGAAUGACUUGUGUCUCGAAUUCCUGGACAACCUGCCCGUGGACAGCAACUUCUCCACGCAGGAUCUGAUCAAUUCCCUCGACAAUGACAACUUCAAUCUGCAGGACUUCAACAUGCCGUAGAUGCAGCCACUGGCCACCACUAGCACCACUAGCACCACCUCCAACCUCCAACCACCAUAACCAUAACCACCACGAUGUUGCCUCAGUUUUGUUUAGGUUUUAUUUUUUGUAUUUUGUAUUUUUUUUGUUGCCACACUGUUGUUGUUACUGACCCCGCCCCGUUCCGGCCUCCCACCCGCGUUCCUGCCAACGAAAGUUAUUUUGUUUGUUAUAUUUGUGUGUGUGUGUCUGAGUGUGUGAGUGUGUGUCUGCAUGUGAGUGUGAAUUUAUUCCUAAGCUAAGUUCGUUCGUCUCUAAAUGUACUCCAAUUUCCGCGGGCUCCAUUGUAUUGUAUUUCGUAAUUGUAAUUGUAAUUUUAUGUAUUAUUAGCGAGAGAUAUACAUUGCUAGCGAGAGCUGUUCCCAAGGUCCAAAGGCAGCCUGUGGGCGUGGCAGCAGCAACACAUUCCAUAUAUAAUGCAACACAAACGGAACGAAAGAAAAUUAGGGAAAUUCGAAAAGUAUUUGCAAGUACUUUAAAAAAAAACCAAUAAGAAACCGAUUUACACAGGCAGACUUCCUUUAACUAAAAAAAGAAUAGAAAAGAAAACACUUAAGCACUUGUACUUAAUGCAAAUUUUGAGUGCCACGCCCAUGGGGAUCGCUGUGCCGCCCCUUUUUCGUUUCGAUUACUUAAGCAACAGCGAAAGGGAGAAGAAGCAUAAAAGGGAUAGAAAGCAGAAACGCAAAAAGAACCAACAAAACAAAACAAAAACAAAAAGGAA